UUCUCUUUAAUCAGGUCAUUACGCGCUUUGGUGCUCCAAAAACCCUUCUUUCCGACAGAGGUCGUCAGUUCACUUCAAAGCUUGUCAAUGCUCUUUGUGAACUACUUGAAAUUAAGCAUCAUCUGACCUCCUCAUAUCACCCUGAGACAAAUGGCAUGUGUGAGAGACGCAACAGGACUAUUGAACAAGCCCUUAGAGCAUAUUGUCCUCAAGAUCAGUCCAACUGGGCAGACCUCAUUCCAUGUGUAAUGAUGGCAAUGCGAAGCACACCAUGUGCCUCCACAGGGUACACACCAUUUUACCUCAUCUUUGGCAGAGAGAUGCAUCUCCCCAUUGACACUGCCCUUCUUCCCAAACCAACUCUUGGCAAAACUGCAGAAAGUCAUCUUAAAUGUCUUCUUGAGAAUCUAAAGAUAGCAAAAGCAAUUGCCAAAGAUAACAUGGAAAUUUCUCAGGAUGUCAACAAAGAACGCACGGACCUCAAAGCAAAAGAACCAUCAUAUGCUGUAGGUGAUCUUGUAUUAUUGCAGAAUUCACAUGUUCUCCCAGGCCAGUCCCCAAAACUUGCAGUGAAAUGGUUAGGUCCCUACACUAUCCUAGAAUUAGGUCCAAAUCACACAUACAAAAUUCAAAACACAGAAACGAACAAACCACACAAAGCCUUCAUCCAUGCAAACAGAUUGAAACCUCACAUUGCCCGCACACAUCCCAACAAUAGACUCCCAGAUCAUGUCCAAAACCCGAGAUGUCAAACUCCAGUUCCAAGCAAUGAUGUUGACACACAUCCUGACACACAGAUGGUCCAGUCACAGCCAUAUAUCUCUGAUCAAGGCAGUACACCAUCUACAUCUCAGUCAGAUACCGGCUUCUCACAGCAGCCAGACACCACAUCUCAAGAUGACCAAACAUAUACUGUUGACAAGAUUCUCGAAUGCAAAGUUGUCAACGGCACCAAACACUAUCACAUCAAAUGGUUAGGUUACGCCAAAACCACUUGGGAACCAUCCCGCAAUCUCAGUCAGGACCUAAUCCAACACUUCCAUAGAUCUAGAACCAUGUCCGGUAAAAGGCGCAAAAAUGGGCGAAAAUACUUUAAAUAAGACACCAAGGUUUCAUCAGCUCCCACCUAUCUUUGAGAAGUUUCUAACUGUUGCCUUAGAUGUUGAAUGACCACCCCUUCUUACAGUUACGUCGUUUCUGUGUCUCAUAGUGCUAGGUUGUUCAGAUGUUGCUGGCCAGAACAUCAGGCUCAACCAGGUCAUCUCAUCUAAUGGUCCCAUGUUCUCUUUCGUUUCUCUAAGGUUCAUCAUGGAGUCUGAUUAUCCUGUGGCUACUCUCGUUUAGCGCCCCUUCUGUCCUCGCUUCCGGUCCAGUUCAACGUCUUAACUAUGGGGUUUUGUUUCAACCGUCAUCUCAAAUCAAUUUUGCCACAGAUUACUGGAUUCACACAUACGAGGUGAAGCUUCCACAUGUACCAGGCAUCCCAACCAUGAGUGGAUGUCUUCACAGUAACAGAACCUGUGUCCUACUUCACCAAAUUCAAAUGCAUCUAAAUGUAAUUAAAACUAGAUGCGUUGCCCAGCUAAAUGAAACUAGACAACAAAUUAUUAAGCUAAUUCCAGCAUCAAAGAUACCUUCAUCAUCGAGAUCAAAACGCGCUAUUCUUAGUUUUGUCGGGUCUCUCUCUAAAACAUUGUUUGGUACUGCUACUACCAGUGAUGUUAACCUUCUCGCCAAACAUAUUAAUGCUCUCACAAGACAUGAUAUCAACCUUGCAAACACCAUCCAACAACACUCUGCCCAUCUCUCCUCGUUUAUGAAGCUUGUCGACUCUAGAUUUAAGAAUGCACUUAAAGGUGUCAAAGCUAAUCAUGAUGCAAUUACAUUUACAGCUAUUGCUAUGGAAAACAAUGUCAAAACAAUCCAGUCUACAUUUACUGCUCUUACAGGCCUAUUGAUUGAUCAAAUCCAACAUGCUUCCAUUAUAGAACACCAGUUGGAAGAACUAAAGUUAGGAAUCUUAGACUUAGCUAAAAAUAAGUUAUCACCAUUGCUGGUAGCACCAGAAAUUUUAGAACAAACAAUUCAUCACCUGUCUGCAGUUUUAUCUGAUAAAUAUCCAAAUUUUCAACUUUUGCACACGAACCCUACAUAUUAUUAUUCCCAUGCUAAAUUUAUCUUUGUCCGUACUAAGUCCCAUAUCUAUAUCUCAGUUAAAUUUCCACUCUCUUCAUUGGCUAAACCCCUUCAAAUGUAUAAAGUUAUCUCUUUACCUUUGCCAAUCAAUAGCACUUCACCACAUUCUACCCAAUUGUUAGACACUCCUACUUAUUUUGCGUUGUCUGCUGAUUCCCAACACCAUAUCAAUAUUGAUAGCUCAAUGCUUACCCCAUGUACAGGUGAUGAAUUUCAUUUGCUAUGUCCAGUUAGGCUUUCUCUUAAUUCAAUUACUAAAUCUUCUUGUCUGUUGGCACUCUUUCAAAACAAUAAACAACAAGUUAAGGCACUUUGUAACUUCCGCUAUGUAACCAGACCUCAACCGCCUACACUCAUCUCUGUUGGUUCUUCAAAUGUUCUUGUCUACAGAGUUCCAUUCCUGACCCUUACUUGUCCUGGCACUCACCGUAUGAUUCCUGGGUGUCAAUUUUGUCUUAUUGCAACUCCCUGCUAUUGCUCUCUCUCAACUGAAGAUAUAUUUUACCCAGCCUCCUUCAGUUCUUGUAGAAAUUCCACCUCUCACAUCACCCAUCUCCAUCCUGUCAAUCUAGCCUUAUUACAACAUUUCUUUGAUGACUCGGCCCUCUCCAGUAUAGCUGGGGAUACCAAUUUUAGGAAAUCAAUUAAUUUCACAAUUCAAAAAUUUAAUAUAUUUUCCCAUGCCAUUUCCAAUGUUUUGGCUAACGACAAUCAAGCCCACCUCAGUUUAAGACGUGUUGCAGAGAGUGCUAAAAAGGAUCAAACAAUCUUUCAAACAAUUGCUGAGCCACUGCUUGAUGGUCAAAUCAGUCUUCCUCCAAGUUCCUGGCUUGAUACGAAUGCUAUUCUAGCCUUAAGCGCCUCAAUUGCAUCAGCUGUGUCUAUAAUUUUGGUUGUUUGGAUGUUUUUGAAAAUUCGAACUCUAUCUGCAGCACUCUUGUUAGUCACUCGCGUUGUCCCCACCAAAGCAGUGCAACCACCAGCUCUUAAUUAUAAUGAUCAUGCCACUGCUAGUACUCCACCCACGGACUUUGUCAUCACAGAUCUUGCUGACUACCAUGUCUCAAUCCUUCUUGGUUUUAUCACACUUUUAAUUGCCUCCAUCUUGCUUAUACUAGUCUUUCAGCGCCGUUCAGGACUUCAGAAUGGCCUUGUUUUAGAACUUACUACAGGUCCUGAAUGUGUCACUGUCCCUAUUUUGUCUUUGACUCUAUGCCCUGCCUACUGGGACAUCCAGGCCCCAUAUACAGUAGACAACCUUUGUGUUUCGGGAUACAUUUUUCCCACUCUGUCAGUUGAUUGGACGGACUUUAUAGUAACAAAUAAACUUACUAGCACAUCCCUUACCGUUCCCUCAACCAUUCAGAUAUCAUUCUUUACAGCCCAAAAGCUGCAGCGACUCUUUAAACAGCCAUUCACUGCCUAUGUCCUUCUAGUUCACAAUGGAUAUUAUAAGGUAGUGGACCCGACAUCACUUCUACCUCAAUUUUAGUUGUUGCAAUAUGUAUUUCUAUACUUAUUGAAUGUACAUAUUAGAUUUGGGCAUUCUGAACAGUAUGUAUCAUUGUUGUCAUGUUCUUAGAUGUGAUCAUAUCUUAUGUUUGUACACUUAGACUUUAACUACCAUUAUUUUACCUGAUGUUACUUCAAGCUUUUGAGGUCAAAAGCUCCACGACGCACAGGGAUAUUGUAACAGUGCUAAAAUUGCUAUAUUUUAUUCAACUUUUUGUGAAAUUCGGCUUCAAUUCAUAAGUUGUCGGUUAACCAUUUAAGACCUGUUGGUACAUACUAGCGAUAAGAAAUUGCAUAACAACAUCUGGCACUUCAGAUUUACGCCGCCACAAUCAGGUCGGCCGGCGAGACUUUAAUUACAUGUUGAAUAACAACUAGUAGUGGUCAGCGCGUUCGGCCCUUACCAGUGUACCGUUAUCAGCUAUUUAGCGUCAACUGACCAAACUAGAAAAUUGAAAACGCGAAACCAAACACGAGCUGAGUGAUUCUAUCGGCAUUUAUAAUCUUCUAUUACGCAACUUUCCAAACUGACCGUGGGCUUUGGCUAUUAACAGACCAAACCCAUCAUACAAAAUUGUAUAACAUGUCCAGUCUUUAUUAGUCCAAAGUCUCAAAUUUCAAACUGGACACGCUCGUGUAGACUUGCCUUCAGAUUAACAAAGGAGGUCUCAGGUAUAAAUAUAGGGGGAAAUCGACUGUUAGUCAUUCCUGCUUUGCCUGAGAACCUCUCUCUGUUUGUCUUUGAAGGUGUGUUGAUCCCGUGGCUAAUUCCCCCCGAAAGCAUUCUAGGUUUUGAUCAGUUUUAGUGUAAAAACUAACU